AUGCAAAGAUACAUUUCGAAAGCUCCUACCAUGAAAUUUCCAAGAGAAGUGCUUGAUCGUAUUCUCUUCUUCGUGCCACCCCUGUCUCGAGUUGGUAUACUGUCUAGUCUCGACAUGGAGCCAUGGGAAUCAGACAGACAGCAGUCUCUACUUUGGUCUAGAAUUUUCAAGAAUGACAGAUGGCUUGAAGAGGUGGCAGACGCUCACGCCAGACUAGUAUUGAUCGGCUCAAAACUUAGCCAAAUGAUAUCCAAUACGAAGCAUGGAGGAUGUGAGAAUCAAUACAUGGCACUUGUUCUUCUGGAUGGCACUGGAGAGAUACCAACUUGGGAGCUUUUCAGGAGCUGUCUAAAUGAGCACACCUAUGAUACUUCAUCAAACGAGAUUCGCUUUACUUCUGGAUUUACAUUGAACGUCCAUAACCUCUCGGAACCAUAUCUGACCAGCCUACGAAAGGAUCCUGAACUACGACGCUCACCUACUAUAAUUAUCUCCCCUGAAAGGAUGCGGGAAAUUGUUUCUUGUCACAGAGGAAAGCCAUUCACACAGUAUGCCUUUUACAGAGACAGAUAUAUCCAGGACAUAGACUCCUCAAGAAUAACAGAUGUUAGGGGCGUGGUAUGGAUUUUCAAGCUUCGUGAUCAUGAUGUCACGUCAACGGUGCUUGUAAUGUCAUUACACUAUGGUCUAAGGCAUCUGAUGUGA